AUGACCAAUUCGGGAUUCGCGGUGGUGCUCCACGAUAUCAAUUGGGAGUUGAGAGAUUUGAACGUGACAAUGAUGGAUAGCAACAGAUUCUCCGUCCAACGACGCCAAGCAGGGCAGCCCCUAACUCAACCUCACCAUUUCAACCUCGCUGCUUCGCCCUCGCCAAACGCCGUCAACUAUCCGAUCCCUAGCGCGCCUUCACCCCUGGGGUCUGAUCUGGGGAAUACUCCGACCCCUCCAUCGUUCCAAACAGAGCUGAAGGUGGCCAUUCCACGGCUACAGCGCCUAGGGUCAAAGCACUCCAGCCCUGGAUCUGAUCGCCAGCGUGUGAGCCAUGCUUGCAGAAUGUGUCGUCAACGGAAAUCCAAGUGUGACGGCGUUCAACCGUCAUGCGGCCGCUGCAGAGAUCAGGAGAUUGAGUGCCAUUAUGAAGCUGGAAAAAGGGAGAUGUUGAAGCAAAAUGCCAGAACAAUGGCUGCCAAGGUGGAGCGGUAUGAGAGUCUUCUGAAGCAGCUGCUACCAGCACAAGACCUAAGCAGGCAGCAAGAUAUCCGGAAUGCAUUAGCAGAGGCAAGUGGCGAACUUCCCCCAGGAUGUGAGCAAAUGUUAUGGACAGGGCUGGCGGCCCGGCGGUACCGAUUGCGCCUCUGUGCUAACGCCCAAGAUGGCUCUCUAGCAAUUGAUGACGACAAUUCUCUCUCGGCAAUGACUUCUCUGAAAUACGAAGACUACGCGCAACAUAACGGUACAGGGCAUAUGGGCCCUGCCGGCUACGGACACAUGGGGUGA